AUGGGCUUGGGUCCUGGUCAAGGGCCGCUGGCUGCGAACCUCGCUCGCAGCGGCCACCCAGUCUUGCUUGUCGACGCAGGUGACGACCAGUGGGACUUUUCCGUCUCUCGAGACACGCCUGAGGUCGACUCUCAGUACGAGUUCACAACCUGGCAGCAGACCAACAGCGAGCUUUCCGAAGACAUUGCUGCACCUACUGGCGAUGAUGGCUGGUCCGUCGAAAACAUGCGGAAGCAUUUCGUCCGACUCGAGAGGUGCAACUACAUUCGCAAUGGCAGCGAUCCAUCCCACGGGUUCACCGGAGGACGCCGGGAGCCCCAUGCUCUUCGUCUCAGACUCCGAUCCGCAGAUACGCUCGAAGCUGCCCGGGCGCUUGUCGACGCAGAGGCCUCUGUCCGCGUGGCGGUCCUCAACAUGGCCUCUCCGCUACACCCUGGCGGUGGGUUCCUGAAUGGCGCCAGCAGCCAGGAGGAGUCGCUGUGCAUGCGCACCACGCUGUUGCCGUCGCUGAAAGACGAGUAUUACCGGCUGCCCGAACUUGGGGCCAUCUAUACACCCGAUGUCAUGGUGUUUCGGGAUGCCAACGGCGGUGAUGAAGUACUCGAGAAGCGCAACCGCUGGUUCGUAGACUGCAUCACGGCAGCCAUGCUGCGGAACCCUGAGGUUGAGCGGGACGACGAAAAGGGCUGGGGACGAUACGUCAAUGCCAAGGACCGGGAAUUGGCAGUGUCCAAGAUGCGAAUGGUCAUGCGCAUUUGCCAGGACAAGGGCGUCAAGAAGAUUGUCCUCGGCGCGUGGGGAUGCGGUGCAUACGGAAAUCCGGUUGGCGAGGUGGCCGCGGCAUGGCGCAAGGUGUUGUUGCCCCGAACUGACUCCAAGGGUAGAAGGGCUGUGGAGAUGUGGAACGGCAUUGAGGAAUGCGUGUUUGCGAUCAAGGAUUUAGGUAUGGCGGAUGCCUUUGCUGCGGCGUUUGGAGAUGGGCUGGAGCGGGAGGCCGUGGAUGAGGCAAAUAAAGAUGACGAAGAUGACGACGAGGACGAUGAGGACGACGAGACUGCUGAACUCGGAGCAAAAGUUGUUGAGCUCAGGGCGCGUAUUCGCAAUGCGAACCCUGCGAUUGGCAGGGCUCUCCAGCCAGUACUCGCGGGGCUGAUCGUACAGUUACCAGAGGGACACCCAGAAAGGUCGAGCGUGUGA